AUGCAGUCAGGAAUUUCUGCAUCUCAGGAGCUCACCUCCAAGUUCACCGACCUCCUUCAGUCCGACGAACACUUUGGCCUCCUCGCCACCAUCGAAAAUGAAUCCCUCACUCCCGUCUCCCUGCUGACCCCCACGUCAUCAUCUGCCACCUUCGCCGACAACGUCAACUCCCUCGUCCUCCCCGCCCUCGCCGACUCGGAGCCGCUCUACCUCCUCCUCAAGCGCUACGACUCGGCGCCGCGGCUCACUGCCGUGAGCUACAUCCCCGACACGGCCAAGGUGAGGCAGAAAAUGCUGUUCGCCUCGACGCGGCUGACGCUCGUGCGCGAGCUGGGGCGCGAGCACUUCCGCGAGACCAUCUACGCCACGACGCGCGACGAGCUCACGCCCGAGGGCUUCGACAAGCACGACAAGCACGAGCAGCUCGAGGCGCCACUGACCGAGGAGGAGAGGAGCCUCGAGGGCGUCAAGAAGGCCGAGGCCGAGGGCUCCAGGGGCACCGGAUCUAGGGAGAUCCACCUCGGCCAGCGCAUGAACAUGCCCGUGCAGGAGGAUGCGUUGGCGGCUCUCCAAGAGCUGAAGACCGAGGGAGGCAGGAGUCUGGUCACGCUGAAAAUCAACCCAGAAACCGAAAAGGUCGAGCUCGUCCCCGACUCGUCCUCACCAACCUCGAUCACCGACCUUGUGUCCGGCAUCUCGACCACCGAGCCCCGCUUCACGUUCUUUCGCUACGAGCACGAAUACGGCGGAUACAAGGGCGCGCCGCUCCUGUUCUUCUACACAUGCCCCGUCACGCCUGGCCGCAGGGCCAUCAAGGACCGCAUGUUGUACCCUCUGAUGAAGCGCGCGGUGCUGGAGAUGGCCAGUGGCGAGUGCGGUCUGGAAGUAGAAAAGAAGUUCGAGGUUGAGGAGCCUAGCGAGAUCACGGAGGACGUCGUCAUCUCCGAGCUGCAUCCCAAGGUUGAGGCGCGGAAGGGCUUCAGCAGACCGAAGAGGCCUGGUCGGUAG